CGCGUCUCCGCUCCUCACAUCACCGCCGCGAUCCAUCCCGCCGCGCUCGCGUCCGGGACGGACGGUGUCUCGCGCGCCGCCGCCGCUCCUCGUCUCCAUCCGUCGGCCGAAGAACAAACACAACAAUGGCAGCUGCUGCCGCGUAGCUCCGGCUGUGCUGCAGGAGACCGCGUCCGUUUUUGGGGGGGGGUUAAUUUCCCGGGGAAGAUGGCGACGGGGGCGGCGGGAUGGCAGCCCCCGUACAGCACCUCCACCUCCGGCAGCAGCACCAAAUACACCCCCUCUCCCACCUCCAGCAUGUUUUACGACGGGAGCCUGACGCUGGAAUAUACUCAAGACCUGCAUCUGAAGAUGAGCAAGAAGAUAGCGCAGCUCACCAAGGUUAUUUAUGCUCUGAACACCAAGAACGACGAGCACGAGGAAGAAAUCGAGUCUCUGAAAGAAGCUCACGAGGACGAGGUCCAACACAUUGUGACAGAGACCAGAGACAAAAUCAUGCAGUACAAGAGCAAGAUGGUGGACGAGGCGGACCUGCGGCGGCGGCUGGCCAGUCUGGAGGAAUCCGUGGACCUUCACGAACACAUGAAGAGACAGGCUUUAGCUGAGUUUGAGAUGUACAGACAGAGAAUGGAGGACUCCCAGCUCUGCACCGAGGCCCAGCACACACAGAGAGUGGUUUCUAUGAGCAGAGAGGUGGAGGAGAUGCGUCGGGAUUUUGAGGAGAAGCUGCGGUCGUUCAGCCAGGCUCAGGCCCAGUUUGAGGCUGAUAAGCGGCGAGCGCUGGAGGAGCUGAGAACCACCCACCGCCAGGAGGUGGAGGAAAUCCUCAACAACCAGCAGAACCAGAGCGCCACCUCCACUGAAGACCAGGAGAAACUGGCCGAGCUCCAUAGACAAGAGGUGGAGGCGUUGAUGGAGAGGGUGGAGGAGAUAACGAAGGACAAGGUCCGUCUGGUGGAGGAGUACGAAGCCAAGCUGGCGAAGGCUCAGGAGUAUUACGAGCGAGAGCUGGAGGCCAUGAGGAGGACGCACCAGCUCACUACUGAGAACCUGCUGGCCUGGAAAAGGACGGAGGUCGAGCUCCGUAAAGAGUUCCAGGCCCAGGAUGCGGCGCUGCAGCGCUCACUGUCAAAGCUUAGGAGUGAGCUCCAGAAAGCUCAGGAGGAGGCAAGGGAGAACCGAGACAAGACCAACAGGCUGCAGACGUCACUGGCCAACGCUGAGGGAACAAUCAAGAACCUGCACAAGCAGCUGGAAGAAGCCAUCCAGGACGGAGAGAUCUGGGUGAUGCAGCUGAAGGACACUGAGUAUGAACUCGAGGGCAGCAGGGAGCGAGUGCAACAGCAGGCAACUGAAAUCCUCCACAAAGCCAGUCAGAUCGGCUCAUUGCAGGCCACCCAGAUGUCCCACGAGGCAACCAUCAGGAACCUGGACCAGGAGCAGAGUCGACUGAAGGAGAAGAUCAGCCGGCUGGAGGAGGAGAGGGAGGCGCUGCUCAACCAGAGCCAAGCUGCUAACGAACAGCACAAACAACAAGUGGUCAAACUAGAGCAGUCUCUGCGCGAGGAGCACCAGGGCUUUGAGAAGGAGCUCUCCAGACUCAGGGCGCACUACGAGGAGGAGACGCUGCGCUACAGGGAGGCGCAGGUCCGAGCGCUGGAGGAGAUGGAGGAGAAGCACCAGGCCAUGAGGGAGGAAGCCCAGCAGGAGAAGGAGGAGGAGAAGAAUCUCCUCAUGACGAAAAUGAGUCAGGAGUUUGAGAUCAAGCGUUUGUCGCUGGAGGAGCAGCGGGACCGUCUCCAGCAGCAACUGGACAACCUGAAGGAGGAGCUCUCGGCCAAACUCAACAUGGCCAACCAGGAGGUGUCCCACUUCCAGGAGCUGGUGAGGGAGGGGCAGCAGAACCUGGGCUCGGCUCAGACGCAGAUCAGCUGUUUGAAGGAGACUCAGGAGAAACUCAGGGUAGAACUGGAUGCGACCAGAGCCCGAGUCCGAGAGACCAGUAACCUGCUCACUGACCUACAGGAGGAGAUCGAGACUCAGAAACAGCAGCAUGAGGCCCGAGUGAUGUCCAUCAGAACAGAGGAGAAACAGAAGAUGGACAAGAUGGCAGACGACCUGGACCAGAGAUGGAGGGAUGCACUGCGGGAAGAGGUGCGUCUGCUAAAGGAGGAGCUGACCGAGGAGUACGAAUCCGACAAGCAGGCGGCGGUGACUCAGCUCUCCCAGCAGAAAGAGCUGGAGAUGAUGGCGGCAAGAGAGGGCUGGCAGAGGAAGGUGGAGGACCUGCUGGAACAGAUCUCUCUAUUGAAACAGUCCCUGGAGCUGCAGUUGUCUCAGUCGCAGUCGGCUCUCCAGCAGCUGCAGUCUCAGUUCAACCAGGAGAGAGAGCUGCUGAGCCAACAACUCAAAGAGAUGCAGAGGGAGCAUCAGAGGAGAGAGCAUCGAUUACAGGAGGCUCACUGCUGCGCCCUCAGCACCAUGGAGGAGGCCCGGCAACACCAGAUCAGGGCACUGGAGGAGCGUCUGAAGCAGGAGCAGAGGGAGGAGGUCCACGCUCUGAAGGAGGCCCACAGGAGGACGUUUGACAUCCUGAGACAGCAGUCCGACCAGGAGCUGCAGACGCUGCGAUUUGAACUUGAGGACGAGGGGAAAGCCAAGCUGGCGUCUCUCCGCGCAGAGCUGAACCACCUCCACGCUACGGCCAUCGAGCAUGUAAAGCAGAUUCACCUCAAAGAAAACAGCGUUGCCAAACGGGAGCUAGAGAAGGCCAUGGAGCACAGCCACCAGCAGUCAUUUUCUCUCCAUGUCUUUUUUCUCCAGGAACAAGAGCUCCUGGUCCGCAUGUCAGACCUACAGUCGGAGGUGUGUUCCCGUAGCAACCGCAUCACCGAUCUGGACCACGAGAUCCAUUCUCUGAACGAGACCAUCGACACUCUGACCAGAGAGCUGGAGCUGAAGGGCAAAGAGGUUCUGCGGGUCCGCAGCGAAGCGAACCAUCAGAUUAGGGCCCACGAACAAGACUUUGCAAAGAGACACGAGAGGGAGCUGGGGGAGCUGAGCAUCCUCCAUCACAGAGAAACACAAAUCAUGCUGGCCGACUUCAACAAGGCCCAGGAGGUGCUGAAAGACAAGAUUACUGCUCUGCAAAUACUGUUGGAGGGGACGGAGGAGAAGCUGAGGAACAGAGAGAGUCGACCGGAGGACCUGCAUCUCAUAGCAGAGCUCAGAGAGAUGGUCACCGAGAGAGAAGCUCUGGUUAAAAAGCUGGUGGAUGAUAAGAAGUUCUACCAGCUGGAGCUGGUCAACAGAGAGACGGGCUUCAACAAGGUGUUCAACUCCAGUGCCAACGUCGGUGUCAUCAACCCACUAAUCAAGCCUUCCUGAGGCCAACGCUGCGACACCAUCAGACCCGAGGCAGACAGAGGCAGGGGAGAGCAAAGAACAUGAUGCAAAAGAAGAGGAGCCUCAGUACUUCACUUUCUGACCGGGAAAAAAACCCCAAUCCUG